AUGCCCACUGAACGGUAUGGUGGUUGUGGAGAUGCACCGACUCCUUCUUGCUCUAGUGGUGGCAGCUCUACAUCUGCGCGGCGCAUCGGCUACUAUGAGAGCUGGGCGACGGAGCGACCAUGUGAUGUGUUUACACCUGAAGACCUCGAGCUAACUGGUCUGACGCACAUCAAUUUUGCCUUUUCAUUCUUCGACCCAUCUACCUUUUAG